AUGGCGUCCUCGUCUCGACUCCUGUCUCGGACUGAGAACUUGCUCGGAAGUCGGCUCGCGCUCGCGGUGGGUGGUCUGCUCGCGGGUGGAGCUCUGUAUGUGAGUUCGACGCGGGUGGCGCCGGCCAACAACUCGACCCGAUCCGAGCCCCUGCCGGACGAUCUCGAGCACUCAAUCAUCCGGGAGAAGCCGCGAGCGCUCCGCCACCUUCUAGCUGCGUUCGGCCCGGAUGGUAGCAAUGCACCGGGCACUGCCGCCGGCGUCAUGGUCGCCUCGCCCUCCCGUCCAGGCUCGUAUCGGGAUAAGGAAACCGAGAAUGAGGACUACUUUUUCCAUUGGACCCGGGACGCCAACCUGUGCUUGCGAGUGGUGAUACGGAAACUGGCAGAGGCCGAGUCUGGCCUCGACCUCCAACCCGGCUCGGCAAUCAAUUCCCAAGAAGCUCCAGCAUCUCUGAAACGCGCAUUGGAGGCGAUCGUCCAAGAAUCGGUGGUUUUUAAUGGCCAACUACAGCAAGUCAUCAACCUCUCAGGCGGCCCUUUGGAUGGCGGCUUGGGGGAACCCAAGUUUUUGGUCGAUGGCUCUCGGUUUGAUGGUGCUUGGAGAAGACCGCAAAAUGACGGACCGGCCAUCCGGGCAAGCGCGAUGAUUCAAUAUGCCCAACACCUCAUCAGCCGACGACCCAACCUCGACCAGGUCUUCGAUUACAUAGCUGCUCACUUAUACCACAAGGACAAUCCCAAACUUCAAAUACAAUUAGACAUUGAUCAUGUCUGUCGAACCUGGAGUGAACCAAGCUCUGAUUUAUGGGAGGAAGUCGAAGUAAACCAGGGUGGACACUUUUAUACACUCAUGGUCCAAAGAAAAGCGGUCCAAGACUUUCUGGAUUUCAUCCGAUCUUUACCGUCUGAGAAACAGCCUGAUGAUCAGGAACACUAUUCCUCCACGUUAGCCAAAAUGGACGAGCGGCUGGAGCUUUUCUGGAACCCAGCAGGAUUACCGGCCAGGGAGGGUGGUAAUCCCGACAUCCCAACCAACUCAUUCCUACCGUUCUCCAUGAAGCCUCACAUUUUGCCCACGUUGGAUCGAGUGGAUGGACAGCCCAAGCCAUCACAAGUCGACACAGCCGUCUUACUGGCUGUCAAUCAUACCGCUGGUUCCAAUCAGCCUACUAAUUGGCUACCCAGCUCCGACCGCGUCCUUGCAACACUCGACCGUCUCGUGGAAGUCUUCGAACAGCUUUAUCCUAUCAACCACUCUAAAAGCGGCGCUGGAAUCGCAAUCGGACGCUAUCCAGAAGAUGAAUACGAUGGAGUGAAGUCGAGUUCUGUUGGGCACCCCUGGUUUCUCUGCACGCAUGCGGUUGCAGAGACGACGUAUCUAGCCAUCAACGAUUUCCGAAAGGCGGUCUCGAUCCCAGUCACCCCAUUCAACCUGGCCUUCUUCCGCCGUUUCUUACCUGAGCUGACCAGCGAGUCUGUUGACCAUACGCCGCUCACGAUCGAUCGCGGGACGGAUGAGUUCACGCGGCUCUUGAGUCGCAUGUCUCUGUGGGCCGACCGGUUUCUGACCGACGUUACCUUCAAAUACUUUGACCCCCAUGAGGGCUGGAUGAGCGAACAAAUCGACCGCGAAACUGGACAGAUGCGCGGAGCUCGUGAACUGACUUGGAGUUAUGCAUCCUUGUUAUCUGCCUUGGAUGCCAGGGAAGGUAAAGUAUAA